GCUUCUCUUCCAAACUUCAUUUCUGGUGUUCACUAUGAGUUAUCAACUAUCUCUAGAUAAAUCACUGUUUCGUUCUCCUCCAUCUUCAUUUCGAAACCCUAAUAAUUCUUACAGAACCAAACAACAUAUCCCCACAAAAACUAAUCAAUUUUCAUUUCAAUUGUAUUCCAAAAAACAGAGAUUUCUCAAUUCAUGGAGUAAUUUUAGUACCGGAAUCGUUGAAGGAGAUGGAAUCAAGCAACGGUUUGUUUCAUCUCAAAUUAAGGUUUCUCCUAAUGACACUCUAUCAGUUCCAAAUGAUGAUGAUGGUAAAGAGUUUGAAACACCCACUUUUAUUGAGUUUAUUACUUCUGAAAGAGUUAAAGUUGUUGCCAUGGUUGGUCUUGCUUUAGCUCUUUGUAAUGCUGAUAGAGUUGUCAUGUCUGUGGCUAUUGUUCCUCUUUCUUUGUCUCAUGGUUGGAGUAGGUCUUUUGCUGGUAUUGUUCAGUCGUCUUUUCUUUGGGGGUACUUGAUUUCACCUAUUGUUGGAGGAGCUUUAGUAGAUUAUUAUGGUGGUAAAGUAGUUAUGGCAUGGGGUGUGGCUAUAUGGUCAUUAGCUACAUUUUUCACUCCAUGGGCAGCUGAGACUUCUUUGUGGGCAUUACUUGCGAUGCGAGUAUUGCUCGGUACUGCCGAAGGUGUAGCUUUACCUAGCAUGAACAACAUGAUCUCAAGAUGGUUUCCGAAGACAGAACGAUCCAGGGCAGUUGGAAUUGCAAUGGGUGGAUUUCAGCUUGGAAAUGUGAUUGGACUUAUGCUUUCUCCAAUCCUCAUGUCACAGGGAGGAGUCUUUGGACCUUUUGUGAUAUUUGGAUUAUCUGGGUUACUUUGGGUUUUAGUGUGGGUUUCUGCCACAUCAAGUACUCCUGGUCGCCAUCGCCAGAUAUCCAAAUAUGAAUUGGAAUACAUAACAAACAUGAGGCAGAGCCCCGCAGUUCCAGGGUUGGAGAAGAAACCUAAAACGACAAAUGUCAUCCCUCCUUUUGGGCGCUUGCUUUCAAAAUUACCUACUUGGGCCCUAAUAUCUGCAAAUGCGAUGCAUAGCUGGGGAUAUUUUGUUAUUCUUUCGUGGAUGCCCAUAUACUUCGGCACUAUCCAUCAUGUCGACCUCAGACAAGCAGCAUGGUUUAGUGCAGUUCCAUGGACCAUGAUGGCAGUUUUAGGAUAUUUUGCUGGUGUUUGGUCUGAUAUGCUAAUAUCCAGUGGUACACCAGUUACAACUACUCGCAAGAUGAUGCAGUCCAUCGGCUUCAUUGGUCCUGGGAUUGCCCUUCUAGGUCUUACUGCUGCAAAAACUCCGUUUAUUGCCUCUUUUUGGCUCACUGUAGCCGUUGGCUUGAAGUCUUUCAGCCACUCUGGUUUUCUUGUGAACCUUCAGGAAAUCGCACCACAGUAUGCUGGCACGCUACAUGGAAUGUCAAAUACUGCUGGAACAUUGGCUGCUAUUAUUGGAACUAUUGGUGCCGGUUUCUUUGUGGAGUUAGUAGGUAGUUUCCGUGGGUUCCUGUUGUUUACCUCAUUUCUAUAUUUCGCCAGUGCUCUAUUCUGGAAUACAUUUGCUACAGGAGAGCGGGUUAAUUUUGAUGAAGUAGAUCAAUAAAGGAGUACUUGUACUUUAAAUCACAAGUUGUUUGAAUCAGAAGUCGUGUGAAAUUUUCUUUACUCUCUUGAUAAUACUAAUGCAAACAGCAAUAUCAUCAAUGUACAGUUCCUAGACGAGAUUGAAAUCUGUAAGUAAAUGUGUCCCAAAAUGACUAGCACAGCCGCUAAUAGGAAACACCAAAGUGGUUUUCUUAAUUCUUGCGACGUUUCCGCUA